AAACCUCAUUGCCAAUUUGCCAUUGUAAGACACACUGGUCUGGAAAUCGCCAACCUGUCUGUGUUUAUCUGAGCUUUGCAGGGAGAUGGGUGGGAGGAAUAUCGGAGUUGCUGUGGACUUCUCAUCAUGCAGCAAAGCUGCUCUUCGAUGGGCGUCAACCAACCUUGCCAGGAGCGGUGAUCAACUCGUGCUGCUCCAUGUCAACAAUUCCUACCAGAAUGAGCAAGGAGCGAUGCAUCUCUGGGAAGAGAGUGGUUCACCGCUCAUCCCUCUGGUAGAGUUCUCGGACCCCCAUGUCACAAAGAAGUACGGCCUGUCACCAGACAAGGAGACACUGGAGAUCCUGGCCCAAGUGGCACAUCAGAGCGGGGUUGAGGUCUUUGGGAAGAUAUUCUACGGCGACCCGACCAAGAUGCUGUGCGAGGCAGUCGACCUGGUUCCCCUCAGCUGCCUGAUCAUCGGAAGCAGAGGUCUGAGCACGCUCAAGAGGGCUCUGAUGGGGAGCGUGAGCACCUACGUUGUGAACCACGCGGCCUGCCCGGUCACGGUUGUGAAGGAGAACAUGUAGCCGCAGCUUGCUACGGAGGAUGAUAUUACUGUCUGCGAUCUCGAAAGGGAAAACAGGAAGAUAAAUCGUCUUGUAAGGACGAUAUAGUAACGUCCAUGCGAUGGCAUGAAACCAAUACUAAUAAUAUGACAAUAAGGCGUGCUUGGCGUGUGCACUCAUGCACAUCUGUUUUGUAUCCUCGCAUAAAGUUCACAGCAAUAAGCCAACACUGUGGGAUUGGACUCUGAAUGUAAAGUUACCUGAAACUUAUAGACUGGGACCACAUACUGAACAGUUGCAUGAUUUCCUUUA